AGUUGUAGUUCUGAGCUUGGGUUCGUUGGACGUCUGCCACGAGCGUCGACAUCUAAAGAUUACAUAUAUAAUUACCCAUCGCUUUUAAUUGCUAUUUGCUGCCAAAUUGUGCAAAUUAGCCGUUUCGUGUGAAUUGUUUUUUGUUUAAAAAAUCAAAAUAAAAAUGCUAAAAUACUUAACCAUUGUGGCUGCUGUGAUGCAAUUGACCUACCUCGCACAGGCCGAAGCGCCCGAAUACAUUAGGCAAUGCCGUCGAAAUGAUCCCAAAAUUCUGGACUGCUUAAGCAAAGCUGUGGAGCAUCUGAGACCCUAUCUGGCCAAGGGUAUAGCCGAGAUUGAGCUGCCGCCCGUCGAACCCUUCAAGAUGGACUCGCUGGCCCUACAACUGACCGAUGGACCGCAAGGCUACAAGAUUACGCUAAAGAACGUGGAGGCAUUUGGCGCCAGCAACUUUGAAGUCAAAUCACUCAAGCUCGGCGUCAACGGUGGUGAGCCCUUCAAGGCGCGCAUCAUAAUGCCCAAGCUGAAGAUCGAGGCCAAGUACACCAGUUCGGGCACACUGCUGAUAAUACCCGCAUCCGGAGGCGGCGAUUUCCAUGCCACAUUCGAUGGUGUCACCGCUGAUCUGACUGGCAAAACAUCGUUGCGUGGCAAGUACUUGCACGUGGAUGCCCUGAGUCUCGUCCUGGAUGUUGACAAAGUCAACAUGAGCAUCUCGCGAGCCUUCAACAACAAUCGCAUACUGCUGGAGGCCACAAAUCUUUUCCUGCGCGACAACUCUAUGAUUGUGCUGGAGGCUAUGCAGCCGCAGCUCCAGAAGAAGUUGGCCACUGAAUUUGGCAAACUGGCAAAUCAGCUGCUCAAGAACGUUCCCGUCGAACAGUUCUACGAGGAUUAGUCUACCAAAGAUAAGGACUCUAGCACUAGGCUCUAUUAAAUUAAUUGUAAAAUGCUAGUUAUCGCUAUGAACAAAGUAUUAAACAAUAUACAAAACGCA